UUCAUAUUUCAUGUAUUUUUCUUGAAAAUAAAAUAAACCUCUAUUCUUUGGUACUAGCAAUAUAGCCUAUUCUAGUCAGAAAUGCUAUUUAUUGAAUCAGUUUUAGAAUUAGAAACUAUCAACAUAUUUUAUUUAAAUUUUGUAGCUGAUGCUUUGAUUUAUGUUAGAAACUUUAUACUUUACAUUGGGUUUUGGUUGUUCGGCUACAUCGUCGUGUGUUGUUUUGUUUAUCGCCGCUAUGCGAGGAAACUGCCAACUCGAACUCGCGGAUCUCUGGGUGCAAAGAGAGUACUACUGAUCGUUGCUCACCCUGACGAUGAGUGCAUGUUCUUUGGUCCGACAAUAUUUAGGCUAUGCGAGCAAGGCGCAGAGGUCUACAUUUUAUGUUUAUCUAAUGGUAACUUUGAAGGCAAAGGAAAUAUUCGUGCAACUGAGCUAUGGAAAGCAUGCACAGAGCUAGGAGUACCAGAGAGUAAUAUAAUACUUAUCAAUGACACCAGGCUUCCUGAUAGUCCAAAAACACAUUGGCCAGUUCCAGUUGUGGCCAAGUUGAUCCAACACCACCUAGAAGCUUAUGAUAUAGAUACUCUAGUUACAUUUGAUCGAGGGGGCAUUUCGGGACACCCCAACCAUUCCGCUGCUUUUUAUGCAGUUGCAUAUAUUUUUGUUGAAAAAAAUAUGCCUCAAAAGUGUACAGUUUAUACAUUGGACUCUGUAAAUAUAAUAAGAAAAUACUUGGGUGUCUUCGAUCUACCUCUAAGUUUUAUACUGUCUUCCAAAAGGUAUUUCCUACGUUGGACAGAAAGUCGGCGUGUUGUGCGCGCCAUGAAACAUCACAAAAGUCAGAUGGUGUGGUUCAGAUAUUUGUAUGUUAUGUUCUCGAGAUACAUGGUCAUAAACACACUAAGAAGGAUAAGCCUUGCUGACAUUGAGUUGGAACUUGAAGUAGACGACUGAACUUUGUACUAAAAACUACCACUUUAUUAGGCGCUUUUCUGAGUGCUGGUGUUCAAAUUUCUAUAAAACCCAUUCCAUGUAAAAGUUACUAUUUCUUUUCUUUCUUGACUAGCAACAUUAUUUAAGUUUGAUUUCAGUGUUGAUUUCGAAACAUAAAUUGUUUAAUUCUCAGCAAGGAGUUACUAAGUCUAGUCUUCAGAGAUUGUCAACAGACUGAGUUUUUGUCUACAAUAUUCAAAUCGUCUAUGUAUACAUAUUCCGAAGAAUAUUUUAACAGACCAAUUUUAAUAAAGUAAAACUUUAUACAAAAUCUUUUAUACUUAUUAGUUAUUACAUAAUCGCUUUUUGACAAAACUAAGCUUUUGCAUCCUUUGUGGAUGAUUAUUCAGAUAAUACAGUAUUCUCAUCAUCAGAGGGGUUAGUGUGAGUUUUAUUCGAUCAUACGCAUCGAGCACGUUAACGCGAAUUUAUAUGGAAUGAAAG